GAUGUGACAUCAGUCCAGCUUUUUUUUUUUUUUGUGUGUGUGAACUGGCUGGCUUUUCAUGAAGUUUGGGACUAAUCUAAAGAGGGAUGAGUGCUCAGUGCCUGCGGUCAGGUUACACAGGUUGCACUCAGCUAUGAUCUGCAUCUUCCCACGGGACUCCACUAAUGCUAUACUGUACGUCACUCAGGUAACCGGCCCCAUAUAUACUCAGGGGGACCUGGAAUCUCAAGGUGUCACAAAGAUUUUUAUCAUAAACUGAGGAUGGAGUCUGAAGGUGGUGGACGUUCUCACGAUGAUGGAGGUCGGUCAAUGAUGACCUAUGUCUCUAACCCUCUGAUGAGCGAUUUUGCAUCUGACUGGUCUCUAUUACAUGAAGCAUCAAUCCAUGGUCGACAAGUAACUUUGAAUAAAUUAAUUAACCAGGGAUACAGUGUAAAUCUGAUCACAGCAGAUCAUGUGACUCCACUUCAUGAAGCUUGUCUUGGUGGCCACCCUGACUGUGCCACAAUCCUGCUGAAACAUGGAGCGAAGGUCAACAUCCCCAACGUUGACUGGAGAACGCCAAUAUUUAACGCUUGUGUCAGCGGCAGUGUGUCCUGUGUGAAGUUGCUUUUACAGCAUGGUGCCAGUCCACAUGCAACAUGUGAUGUGGCAUCACCAAUUCAUGAGGCAUCUAAGAGAGGCCACACAGAGUGUGUGGAGUCUCUUUCAAAGGCUGGAGUCAGUAUAGACCAAUACAUAAAUCACUUGGGUUCACCACUGUAUGUUGCUUGUGAAAAUGGAAAGGUGGAGACAGCCAAAAGACUACUUGAGCUGGGGGCAAGUGCAAAUGUUGGUAAAGAGUUGGACACCCCAUUACAUGUUGCUGCAAGAAAUGGCAACGCAGAACUGGCAAACCUUCUCAUUGACUAUGGUGGAAACACGCAAUCUAAAAAUGCAGAUGGGAAAUGGCCUUCAGAAGUUGUCCCGCUCAACAGCACUUUGCACCAACUCUUUGUAAAAAGAGAAGGAACAAAUAAAAAAAAAAAAAAGAAAAUCUUGGAAUCCAUUUUCUUACCAAUCCUCACCAUCCUAGGAAAGAGUGACUGACUGGACCUUGACAAUAUAUGGAUAUAGGUGCAACCAACCAGGUCUGGCUCACCCUGCCAGUAUAAGUAAUGCUAUAAACAAAAAGAAUUGUAGGUGGGCACUCAAACUAUGGACUAGGCAGAAAGCAAUUUAUUAUAGAGUCAAUAAAAUAUAUAAAAAAUAUUACAAUAAAAUAAAUAAAACAUAAAACGAUCCUAAUGUCGCUAAUCAAUGCAAAUCGCAAUGUAUG